AUGUCGAACUCUAACUUGGCUUCUCUCCCUCCUUCUAUGCUUCACAAGAAUCUCUCUAAAGUAGCAACAAACCAUAUCCGGGACUUUGGUAGUGCAAGAGUUGCAUUGCCCGCCUUCAAUCAAAUUGGCAGAGAAGAAUACUUCUACAAAUCUGCAGAUCUUAUUCACUUCAGUGACUGGAUUGAUGAGGUUAAUGCUGUCAGAACAUACAUGCUUAAGUGCUACCAAGCCGGUAAUCCACAAGCCAUCUACAUGCAAGGUAUGUAUGAGGUCUUUGUCCUCCAUUUACUUGAUCAAGGAAGGGAAAAAUUCGUCUUGCUGGUGAGAGGAGAUUUUUGUUGGCCAAUUUGGGACUUCUACAAUGAUAUUCAUUUGACCGUUUCUCAUUGGCCAAUUGAAGAUUAG